UGCCUUCUCAUCAAUUUAUUGCCCAAAGUUUUUAUUCAGCAGUAAUGGCAGCAACUUUGCUUUUUACACUUAUUUCAAUGUUGGCAUUCAAUAAUUAAAGGAAAUCAAAUUGGAGAAUAUGAUAAUUCGAAAACAAUUAAUUCUGGUAUUUUUAUUUGUGAGACAGAAGGAAUGUCUGAAUGUAUGGCGGUAAAUAAUAAAUUAACUAUUUUAAAUUUUAUUUUAAAAUUUUGACAGAAACGAAGCACUGUAGAUACUUUAAUUGGUGUUUUCUUAAUUAUGGCUGUUUUACUUGAAUUAAUUGCUUUGGGAUGGGUAAUUGCUUCCUUUAUUUUUUCUGAUAGAGGGGAAGGGGCAUCGAAAGGAAAAUUAAUUUUAUUUGCUCCUUUACUUGUCUUCUCUUUUUUAAUUUGUGGAUUGUUUUUACUUAUUAUUCUUUUGUUUUCGCUUAAACAAAAUGGACAAAUUGGAUUUGAUUUAAAUAUGAGCGUUGCAAUGGGAGCAAAUGUUGGAUAUUCUUUUUUUAUUUGCUGUUUUGCAUUUAUAUUAGCAAUUUGUUCUGUACCUGCGGGAUUGUUUUUAACAUUCUUAAAAGAAAAUACUUGAAUGGAGAAAUA